AUUCGUCGCUCCGCUCUCCGCUCAUCGCUCCCUCGUUUGUUUCGUUAGUCGUUGAUAGUUGUCGAUGUCGACGAUCGUUUCGUCUCCCGAAGCCAAUUGCAACGCGCGUCUAUCGCUUUAAACAAAUCUUCAAUUUUCUGUAAAUUUCGGACACACAUUCUACAGCCAUGUCCAAGAAGCACGAUGAUGCUGGUGACAACCAAGAGGAGGAGGAAGAAUACUCCGUGGAGAAGGUGCUGGACAAACGCAUAAGGAAUGGAAAGACAGAAUAUCUGCUUAAGUGGAAGGGCUAUUCAGAUGCUGACAACACUUGGGAACCUGAGGAGAACCUUGACUGCCCAGAUCUCAUCUCUACCUUUGAGAACAGUCGCAAAGAAAAGGAGAUGAAGAAAAAGGAAAAGCCUGAAAAGGAGAAGGCUAAGAAGAGACCAGCACCAGCUUCUGUCACAGAAGACAAGCCAAAGCCACCACAAAAGAAGAAAACAGCAGAGAUUUCAUUGCAGGAGGACAGUAAGCCGCGUGGUUUCGCGCGAAACUUGGAACCCGAGAAGAUCAUUGGAGCCACAGACUCCAGUGGAGAGCUCAUGUUCCUGAUGAAGUGGAAAGGAACUGACGAAGCAGACCUAGUACCUUCCCGCCAGGCCAACAAGGAAUGCCCCCAGGUGGUGAUUGCCUUCUAUGAAGAGCGACUCACUUGGCACCAGUCAAACCAUGAUGAAGUUGAGGCGAAUGAAAGUUAGGUUUGGUACAAAAAUCCUCUUUUCAAUUUGUAUAAGUAUAAUUUUAAUUAUGAUACACAUUAUUUGUAAGUGGAAGGAGUUAAAAUUUUGACCCUUAACUGUAACCACUUUAACUUCACUUAGCUGUUCACUGUUCAAAUCAAAUAUUCGCGAAUUAAAUCAAUCUUGAUGUACAUUA